UUAUAGCCAUUACAGCAUAAAUUAUCACAUGACAAUUGUUUAGUGCAAAGUCAAUCAAUUUUCUGCAUGUGUGAAAAAUGGAUUAUUUCUCUACUGUAGAUGUUCUGAAGUUGCUACUUUGUAUAACAGGGUUUGUACAGAUGACAAAUAGCUACUCCGAUAAAACCUCAGCGAUGUUUAAUGAAACACAAAGAACUAACUCGUAUCCUCCCUCACAUGCCUCCCUCAUGCUCACCAGUCAACACAGUCAAUCAUUUGAUCAGCUAUUGACUACAAUCAGUAACAAUGGUGGACAAUCCUACACACCUCAAUCAAGAACCAGCAUGCACACAGCUCGCCUUGGAACCAGCACACCCAUUCAAAAUGGAACCAAGACCACUGGGUCGGGAACUAUGUCUACACAAACACAGAGACUGUCUGAUUCCCAGUCACCAACUACAAGCAUUGUGUUCCAUACAAAUACCGUAUCAGGUUCCCAUACUACUAGCGCUGUGUCUGGUUCCCAUACUAUGAGCACUGUGUUUCAUUCAAGUACGAGCACUGUGUCUGAUUCUAUUCACACAACAAUUUCCAGUCGUAGUUCAACGACCAGUAUGUCUGAUUCUCACACGAGCUCCAGUCAUGUAAUCACGCCCACUCCUUCCUCGGGGGGAAUCCCUCAAAAAUAUCUACUCAUUCUCUACAUCGUACCCCCUCUAGGGGGUGUGGUCUGCUGUCUCCUGUCCCUGGCCCUCUGUCUAGCAUUGAAGAGAUACAGGAAGGUGCGCCGGUAUCGUCGUCACCUGAUCCCCCUCACUGACCGUGAUGGCAGUGAUGACUCAGACGAGGAGGAGGAACUCGAUCUGAGAGAACCUGCAUUCAUGAUCACCCCAAUGACCAGACCUGUGCUUGCUUUUGCUAACACUUAGCACUUGUGAUAGCUUACAAUUUACUGUGUGUGUGUUUGUGUUUCAACCUUUGCAAUAAUUGAGGAACUGUUUCAGUUUGUAA